AUGUCUCACAUUCGUAAAGGUUCAUCCGCAUCAAGUCCCGGUUUACGUAACAUAAAUGUGACUUCAGGAAAUCCUUUGUCUGAUAUAUCUAACGUUGAUAUAUGCAGCAACACUGACAAACCUGAAGCUGUUCAAAGAACAAAAGCUAGAAGAAUAUAUUCCAACAGUAAAAGAUUCAAUACAACCUCAUCGCAGACUCAAUCCACACUAAAUUAUUCAACUCAUAAUAAUAAAGAAAAUUUAAGUUCAUCCACAUCUACCAUGUAUAACAGAUCAUUUUGUAGACGUGGUAUAAACAUCAAUUUUUCUUCUGCUUUAUCAUAUUCGGAAAUUCAUAAUACGAAUCUUCCUUUUUCAACAUAUCCUUCACAUGAUAUUUCCAAUGUUUCUAUACGUAAUGUAGACAAGGAUGAGGCUGCAAAAAGAAGGAAGGCUAGACGUAUAUAUUUGAAUAGCAAAAGAUUGAAUAAAAAUUCAACACAGACUCAAUCGACAUUAACUUCUUAUACGACAAAUAAAGAGAAUAUUAGUCCGAACACUACUUUUACGUUGAAUAGAUCAUCUUUUAGCGUCCUCUCAAGUAUCAAUGUCUCUUCCGGUUCAUCUAAAUUCAAUUCAGGAAACAUUGCAUCUUCCAGUGGUAUUCCAAGAAACAUUACAAGCAACUCAGCAUCAGACAUGAUACCUUCUUCAUCAUCUACAAUUCCACCAAAUACUGUUAUAGCAUCAGACGAACCUUCACCAUUGAUAAGAAUGUCAUCAGGAAAGCGUAAAUUAGUAAGAAAACGACGAAACUUAACACCUAUACCUAUUAUUGAUUUGACAACAGAUGAUGAUAACGAGUUUGCUGAUAUCAUUGAUCAACAUUUAAAAGGUGUUUCAAAAGACUACUUGGAUCAUGGUGACCAGAUAAUCGUGUGUCGAACGUGUAGCGCAAAGCUAUGGAAAGCAGAGGCGGAUAGGGGAGAACAGAAGCGAAAUAAACCUAACUAUUUCCUUUGCUGUUCAUACGGUAAAGUUUUGUUACCUGAUUUUAAGCAGCCUCCUGAAAUUUUGAAAGAUCUAUAUGUUGGCGUCAGUGCGAAGAGCAAAUUCUUUUUAAAAAACAUUCGGCGUUAUAAUUCUAUGUUCUCAUUUACAUCUAUGGGAGGAAGGAUUGACAAAACUAUCAACCGUGGAAAUGCACCUUAUGUGUUUCGAUUAAGUGGUCAAAAUUAUCAUACUAUUGGGAGUCUAUUACCUGAAGAUGGAAAUGAGCCAAAAUUCAGCCAGUUGUAUAUAUACGACACAGAUAAUGAAAUAUUUAAUCGACAAAAUGCUGUUGGGGGCUCAAACACUUCUUUUACAAUAACUGAGUCAGCUUUUGAUGUUCAGAUCAUUGAGGAACUUACACUUAUAUCCAAAGAUGGUAGGACAUAUAACCUUCCUGAAGCUUCUGAAGUUGCUGCAUUAGUUAUUGGAGAUCUGACUCAAGCUGUUGAGAAUCGUGAUAUAGUAGUGAAAAGAAGAUCUGGUCGGAUUGAGCGCAUAAGUGAAUUACAUCCUUCUUAUCUUUCUCUACAAUACCCUCUUCUAUUUCCAUACGGAGAAGAUAUGUACAGGGUUGACAUUCUUCAUAGAGGUCUCAAUCCAGACACGAACAGCAAACGUCCAAUGUGUACUAUGCGUGAGUUCUUUGCUUAUAGAUUACAAGAUCGUGUCGAUAAGUUUUCUUUGAUUCAUAAUGCAAAAAGACUUUUCCAACAAUUUGUUGUUGAUGCUUACACUAUGAUUGAGAGUGAAAGGUUGUUUUACAUACGGCGACAACAAACUCAUUUGAGGUCAGAAACUGUUCAGAAUAUUCAGAAUGCAAGUAAUGCUGGAAAAAAAGAUAUGUCAAAAAUUGGAACACGUAUCUUUAUUCCAUCUUCCUUUACUGGCGGUUCUCGAUAUAUGAUGCAAAAUUACUUAGAUGCAGUGUCUUUGUGCAAAUGGUUUGGGUAUCCAGAUUUUUUCAUCACUAUUACGUGUAAUCCAAAAUGGCCGGAGGUGCAAAGGUUUUUAAAAGAUACGACGAUAAGGCCUGAAGAUAGACCGGACAUUUUGUGUCGAAUUUUCAAGAUAAAACUAGAUUCCAUAACAAAAGAAUUGAAAGAAGGCAAGUUGCUCGGUAGAGUUAAUUCUGAUUAUAUUUUUGUUGUUGUACUCUUUUCAGGAAUGCCGAAUCAUAAGUUGGUUUUAAAAGUUGGUGUUCCUAUCAUGCUGCUACGUAACCUUGAUCAGAAAAAUGGUCUGUGCAAUGGUACAAGAUUACAAGUCGUAAAACUUGGUGAUCGGAUUAUUGAAGCAAAAGUGAUUUCUGGUAAUAAUAUUGGUACUAGAACUUUUAUACCAAGGAUCAAUCUUUCCCCCUCUGACAAACGAAUACCUUUCAAGCUUCAAAGAAGGCAAUUCCCGAUAGCUGUGUGUUUUGCAAUGACGAUAAAUAAAAGUCAGGGACAGUCGUUAUCUAAGGUUGGUUUGUUUCUAAAGCAGCCUGUUUUCACUCACGGACAACUAUAUGUUGCAGUUUCAAGAGUCAAAAGCAUGGAUGGUUUAAGGAUGUUAAUAUUAGAUGUUGAGGGGAACGUUACUAAUAAGACUACAAAUGUUGUAUACAAAGAGAUAUUCUCAAAUUUACAGUUUUGA